AUGCAACGCCCUAAGCUUUCACCUCUGCGGUCGAAACUGCUCACACACCUCGUCGCCACUGGUGCAUGUUUCGCAUUAUGGACGUCUUCAAUACCUGUCGCCUACGCUGCCGAAGUCAUCGCAACUCCCAACCACGACGUCCUUGACAGCCCCGUGCUUUACGCUCUACCCAACGGGGAUAUAUCACGGAUCGAACAUGGGGGAUUCGAUAGGGGGGAGACUGAUGGCUAUGAGCCAGACUUUGCCUACCUUGACCGCAGUUUGAUCGGACGACAGGCAGAUGUAUUGGAACAGCUGAUCAACAACGAGGGGAUGCAAAAGGACAUCAAUCCGGAGGAGAUGAUGCACUUCGUGUUUGAAAAUGGUCAAUUGCGCUUGAGGAGUGCUCUUGACGUUCCCAUGGAAGCUCUGGAAGCACGGGGAACGGACAACGCUUCUGACGAAGCAGGGUUGGAAGAUGACGUUGCGCCGGGAACAGAAGGCAAGAUGAUGGGUGAGGAAGUGGGAGAGUUGGAAAAGCGGCAGUCUGGUCGCAGUCGCGUCUGGCUAACGGCCAACACCUGCCGACAGCCUAUGCCAAACGGAAACACGACGGACGCAAUGAAGAACCACCCACAGCUGGUCAUGUAUGUCUCUACAUCGCCGCGGAACAAACGACCAGGCCCAGAUGCGACGCAAAAUACCCUCACCAACAUAACUGGUGUGCUCUUCGACGGAGGUUACGCCAGCUUUGAGCUCAACACUACGUCGGAUGUAUACAUUGGGAUUGGCGCACCGAAGCUUGAAGAAGACUGGUUCGGGAGCUGGCAUUUCGAACUCGCGGCAAGCACCGAUGGACCCUACCAUAAUCACAACGAGUCAGACCCUUUCCUCUACAUGAUCGACACGGACAGCGAGUCGACAUUAUUUAUCACGUAUGACCUGGGUGACUCGAACAGGACGGAAGAUGUCGACAAAUGGAGAGAGCAGAAUCCCUUCCACAUGUAUGCUUUUCCAGAUGGCGAGUGGACUCCGAUCACGGGGUUAGAACGCUCGUACUGCGCGCUUAAGGAGCAGUUCAACGUAAACACGACCAGAAACUUCACUAUUGAUACGAGCAUCACGACCAAAUUCAGUGGUGACGACUUCAUGCCCAAGAGUCAGUUCCACGUCAGGAAUUUGCAGGCUGCAAAGACAUACAAUGGUUUUGUGGUUGUUGAGGGGAGCCAAGAGCCACUCUACAUAGACAAUGUGGGCACAACGAGAGGUGGAGGAAGGGUCUUCCAGGCGUUCAAUUGGACUACCAAAGCGGACGACUCCUGCCAAGUACUCUUCGAUCUCGAUUUCUGCGACACCGUCGCCUACGCCGUACCCUCCAACACAAAGUACAAGCUCAACGACACCGCCCUCGCCGAAAUCUAUGACACCCAAGCCCGCAACUACUACGACAACUUCACAAAGUCGUUAGCGCAAGUCGCCUGCGACACAACUUCCGAAGCGCAAUACUCGCUCGCACGAACAUGCGACGACUGCGCCCGAGAUUACAAGUCCUGGCUAUGCAUGGUCCUAAUGCCGCGAUGUGAAGACUGGACCGCAAACGACUCCUCGCUCGUUCCUCGCAACAUUAAGACCCCGUUUGCCAAUGGUUCGCUACCGGACAUGAUACCCGGUUUCAACGAUAGCGCUGCGUUUAGCAAGUCGAGGAACCCACUGAUUGAUGAGAUUAUCAAGCCGGGUCCGUACAAGGAGAUGAAACCUUGUGAAGAUAUGUGCUUUGAUAUUGUGAGAAGUUGUCCCGCGCAGAUGGGCUUCUCGUGCCCCAAUGGCGCGCAGAGGGAUAGCAUGUAUGGGAAGAGGGAUGAGGAUCCGGAUAGGUUGACAUGCAAUUUUCCUGGUGCAGUUGUCAAGUUGAAUGCAAAGAGUGGUGCGGGGAUGUUGGGAGUGAGAUUGUGCAACUUGAUGACUGUUGUUGGAAUAGUCGCUGCGAUGCUGUGGGUUUGA